AUUUUUGGCUGCUCAAAAACUUCAGUGAACUUCUGACUGAUAGGUGGGCUGCUGCUGGUGUCAAGAUUGAUUUUUGUGGUUUUGGCAUAAUUUACUUCUUAAAUGCAUUUGUAUGAAAAGAAAGAACAUGGGAGAUGCUCCUCUGCCUGUGUUGACCGUGCCAACAGCUCCUUACAGCGACCAGAAACCAGGAACCAGUGGAUUACGGAAGAAGACCUUUUGUUUUGAAUCCAAGAGGAACUAUUUGCAGAAUUUCAUCCAGAGUAUAUUUUCUUCCAUAGACCUAAGAGAUCGACAAGGAUCUUCUGUGGUAGUUGGAGGUGAUGGGAGAUACCUCAAUAAGUCUGCAGUGGAACUGAUAGUCCAAAUGGCUGCUGCCAGUGGGAUCGGCCGCUUGGUGAUCGGGCAGAACGGGAUCCUCUCCACCCCAGCUGUGUCCUGCAUCAUCAGGAAGAUCAAAGCCAUCGGUGGCAUCAUCCUGACUGCCAGCCACAACCCUGGUGGGCCCAAUGGGGAUUUUGGCAUUAAAUUCAAUAUUGCCAAUGGAGGUCCUGCUCCUGAAGCUAUCACGGACAAAAUUUUCCAAAUCAGCAAGAACAUUGAAGAGUAUGCAAUCUGCCCAGACCUCAAGGUGGACCUAAGCACUGUUGGGAAGCAGCAGUUUGACUUGGAGAACAAAUUUAAACCAUUUACAGUGGAAAUCGUGGACUCAGUAGAAGCUUAUGCAAACAUGCUGAGGAACAUCUUUGACUUCAGUGCUUUAAAGGAGCUGCUGUCAGGGAAGAACCACCUCAAGAUUCGCAUAGAUGCUAUGCACGGAGUUGUGGGCCCAUAUGUGAAGAAGAUCCUGUGUGAGGAGCUUGGAGCCCCAGCAAAUUCAGCAGUGAACUGCACCCCCCUAGAGGACUUUGGGGGCCACCAUCCUGACCCCAACUUAACCUAUGCUGCUGACCUGGUCCAGACCAUGAAGUCAGGAGAGUAUGACUUUGGAGCUGCCUUUGAUGGAGACGGGGAUCGCAACAUGAUUCUCGGGAAGCACGGCUUCUUUGUCAACCCCUCCGACUCCGUCGCCGUCAUCGCUGCCAACAUUUUCAGUAUCCCCUACUUCCAGCAGACAGGAGUCCGUGGCUUUGCCCGCAGCAUGCCCACCAGUGGGGCCCUCGACAGGGUGGCCCAUGCGACAAAGAUCGCUUUGUAUGAAACUCCAACUGGCUGGAAGUUCUUUGGAAACUUGAUGGAUGCAAACAAACUGUCUCUAUGUGGAGAGGAGAGUUUUGGUACUGGCUCCGACCACAUCCGUGAGAAGGAUGGGCUGUGGGCUGUCCUGGCCUGGCUGUCCAUACUAGCCACCCGCAAGCAGAGCGUGGAGGACAUCAUGAAGGAUCACUGGCAGAAGUAUGGCAGGAACUUCUUCACCAGAUACGACUAUGAAGAGGUGGAUGCAGAUGCUGCUAACAAAAUGAUGAAGGAUUUGGAGGCAACGAUGUUUGACCGCUCCUUCGUGGGGAAGCAGCUGUCCUGUGGUGACAAAGUCUACACGGUGGAGAAAGCAGAUAACUUUGAGUACAAUGAUCCCGUGGAUGGAAGUGUCUCCAGAAACCAGGGCUUGCGGCUCAUCUUCUCCGACGGCUCCCGCAUCAUCUUCCGGCUGAGCGGGACGGGCAGCGCGGGGGCCACCGUGCGGCUGUACAUCGACAGCUAUGAGAAGGAUGCUCAGAAGAUACAUGAGGACCCCCAGGUCAUGUUGGCUCCUCUCAUCUCCAUUGCACUGAAACUUUCCCAGCUUCACGAGAGAACCGGCCGCACUGGUCCCACUGUCAUAACAUAAAGGCUUGGGUCAGACACCGCGCUGGAGCGCGCGCCGGGUGAGGGACGUCUGUCUCCCCUUCUAGUGUCACAUCUGUCACUAAAGGAAGAAUAUUAAUUUUAUUUCUGUAUUUAAGAACACUAUUGAACUGCUUAAGGAUAGACAAUAAAGCCCAGCCCCUGUCAACACUCUGGUGCACGUUGCUGUGCUGCUUCCCUGUGUCACACAGCACUGCUGGCAAUUUGUGUAUGGUGCUCGUUAGCACAGCUUUUUGGUUUAAGCAUAUGUACUUUUUUUCUUAAGCAGAAGGCUUUAGAAAUAACAAAGAGAUUAAAUUUUUCAAUAAUAAAGGGUUUUGUUUUUUUUCCUUUCAUUCUUGGAAACCUUCCUGGAAAAGAAGCACAAAUACUUUCUCCUUGUUAAGACAUAGUCUUUUAAAUGUGGUGUCUCUGAGUAAGCAGUGGCUGUGUAUUAAGGCUGAGUAUUUUUUGCUUACGUGGAUUUUUCCCCGUUCAAAAACAAAUUAUGUAAAUUGACUUCCCUUUGCCGUCUGUGUAAGAAAAAACCCACAACAAACCCUCCAGAGAGAAAUGAGCAGCAAGCAUUGCAGGAUAUUAAAGUGAUACGAGCUACAA